ACGAAGAAACCGUAGUAAACGAAAGUGUACAGUGACCAAGAGCAAUUUAAUUGUUGUUAGACGUUUAACACCCUGGAACUCAACAUAAGAUUAAUUUAACCGCACAGUAUCACAUACUUACUCCCGGUAUUCUUUAAAUUUAAUUGGAGACGACUUGGUUGAUAGAUGUGAACUAGGUAACGCUAGCUAGCUGCUAACAAUGGCUAACUGUAUGGUUUUUCACUCUCAAAUGGCCUCCAUUAUGGAGGUUCUAGCGAAUGCAGCUGUGGCUGAGAUAUGUAAACUCGUAGAUGACGACUAUGCAGUGUUUCGUUUGGAAAUUUCUCAAAGCCAGAAAGAAAACAGGGCAUUGCGGAGGAAACUACAGCUACUGGAAAUUAAGGUGGCACGGGAGCGCGCAGAGAGGACAAUGAGAGAGCGCGUCCUCGCAAGUCAUCCCUGUAAUGUCAAGAUCCUCGACCGAUACAGAGGAAAUGCAAAAGGUGAAGGACAUCUCACUGGAGGCCACAGGAGCUUUGUGAAGCCAGCGGGACAAAAUACAUGGAGAGAUGACCAACCAAUCACUGUUGAUGAGGGGAGUGGAACCUCAACCCAGCAAGUUAUCGUGAUAGAGUCUGCAGAUACAGAGGCUGCAGUUCCUGGUGUCAAGCAGGAAAGGUCUGAAGGAGAGGAUGACCCACGGCACAGCAGAGACAUCCAGACUGAAGUGGCUGGAGCACCCCCUGUAGCCACGGAGGUCCCCAGCACCGCCCCAGCACCGCCCAGGACCCGAGGCAACAUCACGGAGGAAGAGGAGGGUCCAGAGGUGCUGUGGGUGAAGGAGGAGGGGUGUGAGGAGGGUCUCGGGAACACUGAGGGGACCAUGGUCAUGGAGGACAACCAGACUACACCUCCUCCUGAACCCGCAGAGGAAUCAGCUGAUCAGCACAGGACCACACACAGUCUCACUGAGUCAGUAGACAUGGAGGAUGGGAAGACUGAUCUGCUGCUGGUCAAAGAGGAGAUAAUAGAAGACGGACAAGAGAGCAUUGAUCUGCUGAGUGGACUAAAGAUGGGGGAGCAAGGUGGUUGGCUGGAGGCUAACAGAGGAGACUGGGCGGCCAUCUUGGAUUCCAAGACCCAGAUGGGUGCAGCCAAGGGCCCAGGGUACGACAUCACCGAGCAGGCCAGAACCAGAGGCGACAUAGUGAAGGUCAAUGGAUGGGACAGCGUCCUCAACUCUGGGCUGGGGGACAACACUGUUAAUUCCAACCAGAAACAGAGAGUGGAACACAAAAUAACAUCUGAAUUUAGUCUCCAUGACAACAGACUUGUUGAAACCAGGGCGAGAUGUAGAUUUGGUCUGCAGGGACAGGGCGGUGUCCAUAUGCAGCUAGAGAGAACAGACACUGACUCGGCCAGCGAUGCUCCCUCCUGCUCCUAUAGUUGUGAUUCAGAGAGACAGGUGGCGCCUCAGGUUAACACCCUAACAGAUGCUGCCUUCAGCCUGCCUUCUUUAGGAUCUAUCAACUGGAACAUGGACACCGUGACAACACAGACACUUCCUGGCCUUCAUCCUCCUCACACUGUCCUAAUGUUAAACCAGACCUCAGACAAUGCCAGUGCAUCAACACUAAAUGGCUACACAAGCCCAUUGAAAAAUUACAGUAGUAGUAGCGCUAUCAGUAGAUCCGGUGGCAAAGAGAAGCGCUUCCCGUGUUCGUUCUGUGGGAAAGCCUUCAGUUUCCCCAAACAGGUGGAGAUCCACCAGAGGAUGCACACGGGUGAGAAACCAUUCGGUUGCCACCUGUGCCGGGCCAAAUUCUCCCACUCGUCCAGCCUGAAGAGGCACCAGAGGGUCCACACAGGGGUGAAACCCUUCAGUUGUACCCAGUGUCAGAUGUGCUUUGCCCAGGCUGGUCAUCUGAAGAGGCACCAGAGGGUCCACACGGGAGAGAGGCCGUUUGCCUGUACGCACUGCGGGAAGAGGUUCUCAGAAAGGAGCUACCUCAGGAUACACCAACAUAAAAUGCACAGGGCCCAUGUAUAGAGUAUAGUGACAUUUAAUGUAGUUUGUUUGUUUGUAGUUUAUUCUGGUGGUUUUGGAUGUGGUAGCGAAUUGGAUGAGGUGAACUGAGGAAAGAAUGAGCAUGAUGACUAGAUGAUAUGCCACGCCUGCUCCUGCUCCUCCUCUUUGGCGCUCGAGGGCGCCAGGCUGCCCAUCAUUAACCUGUCACCGUUAUUACACACAUCAGCACUCGCUGGACUCCAUUGCCUUGUUGAUUGCCCCCUGUGUCAGCAUUAUUGUAGUUUUUGUUUUCCCCUAUCCAGACGCUGUCCAUAUUCUAUUCCUGUCUGUGUUUUAUUAAAUGUUCACUCCUUGUACUUGCUUCUCGUCUCCAGUGUCUGUCCUCGCGUGAUAUUGUGAUGGUGUCUAUAAAAAUGCUUCACUGAUGAAGAGUGACAACCUUCAACCUUUAGGUUGAUACUGGUGUUUUAUAAUGAGAUACGGAUAAUGCCUUAAUUCAUGUUUACUUGACAUGAAGUAGUGAAGCUGUGUGUAAUGUUGAACCUUUUCCAAAGUAUUUUUAAAUACAUUUUUAUCAAAGCAAGGGUACAAGAUUUACAGAAAAUGUAGUGUUACCAUAGUGAGAAAAUAUAUUAUUCUUGUCACGUAUCGUUUUGUACAAUAAAUGUGCUGUACUUAAAAGUUAUAAGUACAUGACCAUUUUGUUGAAUUUAAAUACAAAAUUGACUGAC